UGAGCAUCCUGCUGGGAAGCACAUUAACAGAGCAGGUGUUUGUCAGCAGUCUUUGAUUUCAUUACAAUGGACAUUUUGAGGCCAGUAUGGUGAAGACAGACAACAGAUGGAUUACAGAAAUGUGUGUGAUUUCCAGGCAUCGCUGUCCGUCAUUCCAGGUCAACAUCACACACCAGUUCUCCCAUGGGAACAGAUAGGACAGGUACAGAAUAUCUCUGUCAGCCCUGACACACAAGUCACCCAAGAGGGAAAGGCAAAGAAGACGAAGGGAGAAGAUGGUAACAAUGGAUGGGAUGCAAACAGACAGAGGAGGAAAGAAAGUCCCUGGAGAGGAAGGUCCCGCUCCCGGUCGCUGUGGAUAGGUUCUGGCAGGUUCAGGCCCUCUGCAUCUCUCCCAGGAUGCUGUCUUGGACUGAGAACUGAUGACUUGGCAGUCCACUUCAGUGAGCCGAGAGCACAUCAUGUUCACAGGACCAUUCCUGGACAAGCUUAUCCUUGAGGUGUGAACAGGAAUGCAGUAGCACAGAUAAAAGGCAGAGAACAUCUUUAACCAGUAACCCAACAAGAAGCCAUUUGAACGCCAGGUCCACUCCAACACAUCAGCUAGUGCAUCUGCUUGACUGCUCCAUUUGAUUGCUCACCGCAGUAGCACUCUGGGAAAUGUUAAUGGAGGGCAGUUAAUGUCAGAUACAGUUCACCACCAUCUGUACUCGACCCACCGUCACCCUGAUGGAGAGAUUUACCAGGUUGGGUUAAGUAAGUCAAAGAAUGUAAAGAAGAACACUCACUGCUGUAUUGAUGGACUCUGCUUAAUUGCAUUUCUGUGUGCUUAUACUUAUUUGUGUUUGUGUGUGUGUGUGUGUGUGUUCGCACGAGUCUCGUGUCUCUGUGACUGAAGUGUGCACCGGUGUGUAAAGCAUUUACAUCGCUGUGUGAAGAAGGUGUGAAGCAGACAGACAGUCAGGUGACAUCAUGGCAUACAGGAAGGUGUGUGACGCCCAGGGUGGCCCACUGGUCGGUGAGGUUCUGCACUGCUCUGGAGGUCUGGAUCUGGACUGGGACCUGGACAAGGAGGAGCUGCAAGAACCAGGACCCAGAUCGGACCGCGUGCAAAUGCAACACGUAGAGUGCCAGAGAUCAGGGUGUUCAGACCCUGGCCCUGAUCCUGACCCUGAGAUGAUGGAACCCAUCCAGCCAUCUGUCUCAGUUUCACCACAUGGACGUUUUGAACGGCUUCAGGAAGAUCCAAACUACAUCUCCCACUUCACGAGGGCUCCUGGCCAUAAAGGCCAACGACGACUCCACUGCUUCUUGCUCAGGUACUUCCUGGCAGGCUCGGGGAUUUUCGUCCUGGGGCUCCUGAUUGGCUGGUUUGCUCACACACCCACUGUUAAACCACCUGUUCCUCCGUCAGACAGCUUAGACCUACUGCAGGAGCUGCUGAGAGGAAUCACAGCGGACAAGAUAGAUGCUCUUCAGAGGUCAUUCUCCAGCCUAUCAGAUGACAGCGAGGAAGCCAGAGCCAGGUACCUCUACAGGCAGUGGGUGGGACUUGGUUUGACUGAUGUCCAUCUGUCCAAUCACACAGUACUGCUUAUCCUGCCCGGUUCCACACCUAACACCAUCACUGACAAGUCUAGUCGCCAGUGUUUCCUGCCAAACGGGACCCCAUGUGACCAGCGAGGGCCAAAUGACCUGCCCAAGCAGCAGUUCUCCUACGCAGCCUACUCUGCUGUUGGAAGUCUGCAGGGGGAGGUGGUGGAUGUCCAGUACGCCAGCGUGGAUGACCUGAGGAGAGCCAGAGAAAGCUUGAACCUCACCAACCAGAUUGCUCUGGUCAAGCUCGGCCAAGCGCCUUUGCUGUACAAGUUAUCCCUACUAUCUGAGCUGGGUUUUGGAGGUGUUCUGCUGUACAUUGACCCCUGUGAUGCCCCCCCUGGCCGCCACAUAUGGCAUCAAGCCUUCAGAGUCACUCUCAACCCUGGAGGAAACCCUGCCACUGUUGGGGUGUCAAGGGAGGCUGGAGGAAGCCUGACAUCUUUGUUGGUUCAGCCCAUCUCUGCCUUCCUGGCCAAGACAUUACUGUCCUCUCCAUCCACAGGCCAGGGAGUCUCCUGUACUCCUCUAGCCAUGCCUCCCAAUGCAGAACGAAAAAAGAUUACUCUGACUGUUGGGAGCCAGUUUUCCUACAAGAAAAUCUACAAUGUUGUGGGAUACCUGAAAGGAAGAAGGAACCCAGAUCGCUAUGUGCUGGUUGGCAGUCAACAUGACAGCGACCAGGGAGGCGGGGCCUCAGCCAUUAUGAAUCAGCUCAUCGCAGCGUUGACCGAGCAGACCAAACGAGGAUGGGUGCCAGAUCGUACCACUGUGUUUUGCUCAUGGGGAGGCUCAGCCCUGGGGAACAUCGGGUCCUAUGAGUGGGGAAAGGAUAACAGUGUUGUCCUACAGAGCAGUGCAGUGGCUUAUGUCAGUCUGAACUCUCCAGUCAGAGGGACAGAGACUCUCAGAGCUACAGCUUCCCCAACUCUACUGCAACUUACCUCCGAUAUUCAGAGAAGACAGUUGCUGAGUUGCAUCCGUGGUGGGAACUGCCCUGGACCCAACGUCAGCUCACUGCAGUUGCCUGGAGAUGUGAGUUUCUUUGCCAACCAGCUGGCUGUGCCCACCCUGGAGUUUGCCUUUGAGCAGACCAGAGCAGAAGAGACCACCAGUUUCCUGUCAGAGGCUCAGUUCUCUGCUGAGUCACCAGAGACCCUGGACCCACUCUUCAAGUUCCAUGAGACCAUUGCCAAGAUGACAGCAGAAGCCAUUCUCCGCCUGGUCAAUGAUCCUGUGCUGCCAUUCUACCCGCUGGACAUUGCCCUGGAUGUACAAAACAAGCUUAAAGACAAGAGUGUGGUGUCUCCGGCCUUGCUAUCCUCAGCCUCAUCUCUGAGAGACCAUGCAGCUUUCUUCCAGUCAGAAACUAUGCGGCCGGCCAAUGACCCUAAAGAGCGUGACCCCUCCCACGUGCGGAUGCUGAAUGAUGUUCUCCGUGAUCUGGAGAAGAGCUUCAUCAUCCCACAGCCUCCACCUGGAGUGUACAGGAACAUGUUAUACAGCCUUCCGGGAAAGACUCCUCAGUUUUCCAUCCUCAGGUUCUCACAGGAAGCCCUCCUGCGUUGCAAAGUCACCAGCAAAGCAUUCAAACGCAUUUCUGCGGACCAUGAAGGAUUUUGCCACAGCACCGUGAACCAGUCCCUGUCUCUCAUCCUUCAGGCCAUCCGGUCAGCUGAGAGGCUGGUGUGUUUUGGCUUGGACCUGUUUGAGAAUUACCCAAAUGACAACAUGUGAUCUUAACUGACACAGACCCGCCAGUGAGUUUUUAUGCACUCAACAGCAAAAACUGCCACUGAUCAAGUCAUAAAGUUCAAAUACAUUGGGAAUAUUAAAACAUAAGUGACCCUCUGACCGAGUUCAUCCAAAACCUCAUCAUACUGCAGUCUUGGAAAAGUUGGGAAUCACAGGGAGUACUCAAUGGGUAUUGACACUACUCAACAGAAAAAAAGAUUGAAACUCCCAGCCCAUAGUGUCAUUGAUCCCCAUGAUUUCACACUUUCUCAAUAACCCAUAUUGAAUCAAUGACAACUAUGUGCAGUCGACAUAUAGUGAGAAAUUUAGACAUUUUUUCAAAAUAAUGUUUCAUAUCAAGGGUUGUGGAAUGUUUGAAUCUUGCAGAAAAUCUGUUUUCUGAUUGAUGAAUGUAUUGAAACUAGCUUGUUGCACACUAGCUCUUAGCUAUUGACACAAUGGGGUAAUUUAAAUAGCACUACACCUUCUUCCAAUAAAAGUUGAUCAGUAAUGAAUCAGCUUUUUCUUCAUCAAACACUUGCUCUUUGGUCUAGAAAACUUUCAUCCAUCCCUUCCUGUGCAAAUUCCAACAUAGCUGGUUAUUUAAAAACUAAAUUAUCAAUUCAGAAAUGGGUACUUGGUGAAGACAAAUGAGUUUUCACAUUCAUGACACUUAGGAAAAUGUACAAAUAAUUUAAUUCUUUCUCUACAGGUGUAUACAUGAUAACAAAGCAUUUUCAUGCAUUUACAUACGUAGUUGCACACACUGUGAGGCAGGGGUAUGCUGAAAAAUUAUCCUGUCCUUAAAGGGAAAUCACAGUUUCUUUCAACCUGGGCUCGAUUCUCAUAAUUGUGGUCAUUGUGACUAAUGGAUAAUGCUAACUUUGCAGUCAUCACCUUAGUUGUAGAGAUUAUAGGGAAAGGUAACUCAGGCAAAAACAAUGUAUUUUGAGACCACGGCGCAAGCUUUGUGAAGCUUUCCAAAUAAACUUCAGUAUGUUUGGUCCAUUCAAUCCAGCAUAACCAAAUCCAGUUGGCUAACUGAACAGCCAGCUUGGUUAGCCAGCAAGUUUACCAAGAGGUAUAUCCUUACGCAGUUAGCUACAAUAGCUAAAUGGGGCUAAUUUCUGCGUUUACAAACACUCAGAUUCAAAUACCAGUGUUUAAAUUAUUUGUGUAAAAUUUAACUUUAUUUGAAAAGCUUUCAAAGGUGCUCACUGUGCUAUACAGUAUGUUGUUUUGAGUUUCUGGAAUCUCUGCAAUGGAGAUGGUGAGUGUAAAGUUUGCAUGAUCCAUAGUCAGAAUGGACAUAAUUAUGAGAAUAAGGGCCAAGUUGAAAAAUACCAGAUUUUUCCUUAAAUGAAUUACAUGAUUGCUUCACCUGUAAACUGUAAAAUUCUAAUACCCAGAUAUCCAUAAGGGCCUUUAUAAGCAAUAAGCUAUUCUAAUAAAAUGCUACCUGACAACACUAUUCUAAAAUCACUGUAAGACAUGGCAUUUUAUGGCUAGUCGAUUUUGUUUAAGAGCAAUAACUGACCACAGCUAUUCAAGAAAUUCAAUAAGCAAUACAAAUUACACCUUUUUUUUCAAAUUGCAAUGUAGUCUUCAAAUAGCAACUAAAAAGCAUCUGCUAUCACACAAGGGAUGAAUUACAGUUGAUUUGUGUUAGCUAAUUCCUACUAAAAAUAACUGCUUCAGGCAUGUGUUUAUACAUGACUGUAAUGAGGGUGUCCUAGUGGCACAGACAUAGACAAUAGUUACCUGGUUAUCAAUGCCUCUGGCUUUGCCUGGAGCCCCUAAAUAACACCCACAGUAGCAGGCAAUGUUAACAGGUGGGAGGCUGGUGGGGGAACAUGUCCUUGUUGCUCUGAUCAGCUACUCCUGCUGAUAAAACUGGCACAAUUCUUUACUGUCAGGUGAAAAGCACCAGUUGGUCCAUGUCCUUUUUAGGAGGCACAUGGCAGGUCCUGUGCACAGAGAGGACUUUAAUUGUCAACACUUAAAUUUAGGAGACAAUUGGGGGAAAUGUGAAAAUACAUUAUAGUAUAUAGUAAUGAUAUUGGUUAUUAGGGACAGAGAUCUUUAUUCGACAUAUAAAUUUUUUAAUAAUAUCUUCCUGUCUGACUCAGCCAAUUGGAAUUAAGUGCUACAUGUUUUGGAGUCACUAUCUCUGGAGGUAGGAAUCAACCAAACUACUUGGCCACCCAGAAACCCUGCCCUGUGUAGCAUUAACAAUGAUCUUACAGAGUAAAUGAGGUAAAAACAAUCAAAUGUUUUGCCAUAAGUGAAGUUAGAUGUUAUACAGCAGAAUGGGAGGACAUCAGCAAUUACAGCUGAAAGCAUUUAGAUCCAUAAUUCACAAUCGCUUUAAGAAAUGCUUUCUAUCUCCACUUGUCAUUUUCUCACAUUUUCUCAUUUUCUGUGCUGCACUCUGUAAACUCUUAAUGUGUCAGCUGGCAGUAGUCAGCGUUAUCUCUCUGUCUGCUCUUUCUCUGUAUUCCUCACAUAUUCUCUCCCUAAUUAAUGCAACCACCCAGUGAUCUCUCUCAUUGUGCAGCAGUUUCCUCGUGACAAGGAAUUUAGGAGUCUAAGGCUGAUGUGCUGGCACAUGCCUGAACAGAGACUUGAGCAAUAAGUAAAUUGUUAUUUUUAAUAACAGAAUAAUAUAAUGAAAUGGUAUACAAAAAAACAUGCUGUAACCAUAUCAGUCAACCAACCAAAGCCGCAAACCAGAGAUCAGCAGCAUAGCAGUCCUUUCAAAUUACAGGGAGUCAUGUGAUUAAACAUUAAUAUCAAAAAUAUUGGUAAAUGGGGCUCCAGGGUUUUUUGUAGUUAGGCAUGAUGUUUGCUAGAAUAGUGUUUGUGACAAAAAAAAAAUGAGUGAAGCACUUUUUAUAUAGUGAUAAAACUAUUUCUUACCUUAACAUAUUUGUAAUAGUUUGAAUGUGCUAGCCUUUUUUAGCAUGAUGGAAGGGUGGGAGGGCAUGGGAUGGGUGUAUAGAUUUUGCAUUCAGUAAUUUCUUAUUACUAUCUACAUGAAUUUUGUAGAGCUGUCAACAUUCAUAGACUUUGAAAAUUUCUGAGAAAUGAUUUAGCAUCUGGGGAGAUACCAACUGCAUUGCCCACAAUUGCUUCUUUACCUGUCCUGAUAUUCUUAUGUUUAGUGUGUCCACAGCCAUGAUGAUAUAUUGGAAUAAGUUAACGUUAAGUCUUAAAAAUACAUUUGUUUUUAUAAAUGUUGUCUCAAUUUGAAGCAAAGAUUUGAUACACAAAAUUUUCUAAGUUUAAUUGAUCAUUUGUAUCUAAUUGUCCAAUUUAUAUAUAAGCAGACCUGCAAUACUGACUUAAAAAAAACUCUUCAGGGAUCAAAAAUAUUCAUUGCUUUAAAUCAUGUGCCUUUUAUCAGAAAAAAAAGAAUGCUUUAAUUUACAGGUUUUGUCAAAGGGUAUACCAAAAAUGUGAUUAAACCCUAGAUCUUGAUGUAUUGCACUGCUUGUUAGCUAGCUAACUGUAGUAUCUGGUCAAUUAAUCAACACUGUGUUGUGAAUAUAUUGUAUCUUAUUUGGACAAUUAAUGUUAGCAUUAAUGUGUUUUCAGACUGCACACAAAGUGAAUUUUAGAGAGAAUUUGCAUACAAAGUGAAAGGAAAGUUAAGCAUCGAUGCAUCAGAUUUGCUUGACGAGGUAAUGGUGCAAUGUCGCAAGUGAAAACGUUUCAACUUGUAAGAAAAGGUUAUAUGACAUAUGUAUCAUGGAGAUGAGGUAGAAGAAGAGGGGUAUAGAGGACAGUAACAGAAAAUCGCUUGAGUUUCUGAUAAGUUUUGAGUCCAAGUAAGCUAGUAAACAAAGGAAUACACAGGCAAUAGCGAUGUCAAGAUGCUUUGCUAAACUAGCCAGCUUGCUAGUUAGCUAGUUGACAAAGUGCAAAGACAAACAACAAUAGUGGAAGCAUACUGUGACACAGUGUUGUGUGGAUCAUCUGGAACAAUAACAUGUCAUAUUAUAUUCCAUAUGUUCCAGAAAUUCAAUCAGUGCAGAAAGCUCUGAGGUGACACACCGAAUGUUUUCUAUAGUGCUUAAAAAACAUCAUGCUAUUCUGAAAAAUGCAAAGGUACGCAUUUUACUGCACAUACAGGCCAAGCACAUCAGUGACGGUGAACUACAAGUCACCCUUUCACAGAAAUGAACAGGUUACUUAGCAAUAUGCCUGCUAGCUGAUUACAAAUCACCAUCUUUAAUAUUUCAUACUGGUGCAUUCCUGUUUUGCAGCUGUAUGUUGAUUGAUCUUUGUGCAUUUUGUAAAAUAAAUGUUUACUGUGUGUUGUUUAA